UGAGAAGGAAUUGGCGAUGUGACAUGCACGUCAACGACCUGUGUGAGCUUUAAAAGUAGUGUGUGUAUGUGUGUGUGUGUGUGCGCGCGCGCGCUGGCUUCUGCUCGUCCAUGGUGUUGCUGUGAGGUGUGCCGCCGUCUCUGAAAAGAGGAGCACCAUGGCAAUGUGGAUCCAGGCCCAGCAGCUGCAGGGUGAGGCCCUGCACCAGAUGCAGGCACUGUAUGGCCAGCACUUCCCCAUUGAGGUGCGGCACUACCUGGCCCAAUGGAUAGAGAGCCAGCUCUGGGAUUCAGUGGAGUUGGACAACCCAGCAGAGGAAGCCAAAGCCAAGCGUCUGCUGGAAAACCUAGUGGCUGAGCUGCAGAGGAAAGCCCAGCUUCAGGGAGGAGAGGACGGCUUUCUGCUAAAGAUCAAACUAGGCCAUUACGCCAACCAGCUCAAGAGCACUUAUGACCGCUGUCCUUUGGAACUGGUGCGCUGCAUUAAACACAUCCUGCACUCAGAGCAGAGGCUGGUUCAAGAAGCUACAGAUGUAAGUGUCAAAGGGUUUGUUGAUAUGAGUCAUUAUCUGCAGGAUUCCUGUGAACCCACACACUCCCCAGACUGUGGCUGGGUUGAGAUUUACACACACAUUAUCCUGAUUCCUGCCUUGUUAGCCCAGCUGAGCAGCCUGUCCACACUGCCACCAGCUGAGCGCACCCAGCGGGAGACCACCCUGCAGAGCAAGAGGGCCACUGUGGAGGCUUGGCUCGCCAGAGAGGCCAGCACACUACAGAAAUACAGGCUUGACCUGUCGGAGCAGCACCAGAAGACCCUGGCCCUGCUGAGGAAGCAGCAGACUCUGAUCCUGGAUGAGGAACUCAUCCAGUGGAAGAGAAGGCAGCAGCUGGCUGGCAACGGGGGCCCUCAAGAGGGGGGGCUGGAUGUCCUUCAAUCCUGGUGUGAGAAGCUGGCUGACCUGAUCUGGCAGAACCGGCAGCAGAUCCGACGCUGUGAACAUCUAACUCAGCAGCUUCCUCUGCCUGGCCCCAUGGAAGAGCUGCUGAGCAAACUCAAUGCUGACAUCACAGAUAUCAUCUCGGCCCUGGUUACCAGUACCUUCAUCAUUGAAAAGCAGCCUCCCCAGGUGCUGAAGACCCAGACCAAGUUUGCAGCCACAGUGCGCCUCCUGGUGGGCGGGAAGCUCAACGUCCACAUGAAUCCACCUCAGGUCAAGGCUGUCAUUGUGAGCGAGCAGCAAGCCAAAGCUCUGCUAAAGAAUGAGAGCACACACAGUGAAAGCAGUGGAGAAAUUCUCAACAACAACUGUGUAAUGGAGUAUCACCAGGCCACCGGCACCCUCAGUGCACACUUCAGAAACAUGUCACUGAAGCGGAUCAAGCGUUCAGACCGUCGAGGUGCAGAGUCGGUGACGGAGGAGAAGUUCACAGUUCUGUUUGAGUCACAGUUCAGCGUCGGGGGCAAUGAGCUGGUCUUCCAUGUCAAAACCUUAUCGCUGCCUGUGGUGGUGAUCGUGCAUGGCAGCCAGGAUAACAAUGCCACUGCUACAGUGCUGUGGGACAACGCCUUUGCUGAGCCGGGCAGAGUUCCGUUCAUCGUGCCAGACAAGGUGCUGUGGCCCCAGCUUUGCGAGGCCCUCGACAUGAAAUACAAAGCAGAGAUGCACAGUGGGCGUGGCCUGUCAGAGGAUAACCUGGUCUUCCUGGCACAGAAAGCUUUUUCCAGCAGCAGCAACAACUCUGAGGACUACCGCAACAUGACCAUAUCCUGGGCUCAGUUCAACCGGGAGAGCUUACCUGGACGUAACUUCACCUUCUGGCAGUGGUUUGAUGGCGUUAUGGAGCUCAUGAAGAAACAUCUCAAGCCUCACUGGAAUGAUGGGGCCAUCCUGGGCUUUGUGAACAAGCAGCAGGCACAGGACAUGCUGCUCUCCAAACCUAACGGCACCUUCCUGCUGCGCUUCAGCGACUCUGAGAUUGGAGGCAUCACCAUCGCUUGGGUGGCUGAGAACCCCAACAAACCAGGUGAGAGGCUGGUCUGGAAUCUGUUGCCUUAUACAACCAAGGACUUCUCCAUUCGCUCCCUGGCUGACCGCAUCAGUGACCUCAACCACCUUCUGUUUCUCUACCCUGACCGGCCCAAAGACGAGGUCUUCGCCAAGUACUACACCCCCCCACUCUCCAAAGCAGUGGAUGGCUAUGUAAAACCACAGAUCAAACAAGUUGUGCCAGAAUUUACCACUCCGAACCCUGAACCCAGCGGAGGAACUCCUACAUUCAUGGACCAAACACCUUCUCCCUCUGUGAGCCACCCCAACAACUUUGGUGUCUACCCCUCUAUGAGCGACACCAUGCUAGACGCAGACGGAGACUUUGACCUGGAGGACACCAUGGACGUGGCCCGUCAUGUGGAGGAGCUGCUCCGCAGGCCCAUGGCCAACCAGUGGAGCAGCCAGCAGUCCUGAACCUUUAACCCGAACCUGCUGCACACCUUCAGGUUUCCAUCUUUUCUAACACAAAAACCCCCAGCUGCAGCCACAGCAAAACAUUUCCUAUAUCCAUCGCUCACUCUAUCAGAUCAGCUCUCAGUUUGACUUUCAGCUCCUCACAGGAGUUUUGGCAGACAACAGGUCUGGUGAAAAGCCGUCCACCUGCCCAAGUGUCUCUGUAGACAAAGUAAACUCCCUUCAAAAGUCAGUGCUAGUGAUGUUUGACAGAGGCUGGUGCUAAUGUCCUCUCUCACUUACUGUAGUUCUCAGGGUUAAUGUGAGCAGCUGGUUUGGGUCAGUGGGAUUUCUAUAAAACGCCCUGCAGUCAUUUUUUAUGUAAGCUUUGCAUUUAUAUUUGCCUGAUGAGCUUUUAGCUGCAGUUGGGAGACUCUUGCAUAGAAAGUCAGAGUAGACAAUUUUUAUUGUAUUUUUAUUUCCAGGCUUCAAUCCAAUCUGAAGCACUUGAACUGACACAAACGGUGUUUUCUCUCCCUCCUGCACUGUGUCAUUGCGUGUACUUACUUUUAUUAGUUUGCUGGUUAGAAAACCACUGUCCCCACCUUUCUGUGAUUAGUUUAAACCCUUUUCUCUCUCCUCUCCUUUUUGCCACCUUAAACAUUUUUUUGGCCUUCAUCCCUUCUUAGCGAGGCUGCUGUUAUUUCUAUACAGGUCUGGCUGGGUGUUGCUCUCGCUCUGAUGCACUGUCUCAGAGUGAGAUCAAAUGAACGAUUUGUAAUUCAUUUUAUCAGAUAGCCAUUUUUUUUUUUAUACAAGUAACAUCAUACUGGUUUAAGUAGAGACACCUGCCCUAAAUAUAUAUGAAGGUCAGUGAUUGAAGCAAAUAAACGCUAUCAAUUGAAGUUUCACUGUAUGUGAUAAAGAGAAGACCUGGGAUAUAUUUAGGGAUAUAACAAUAUUCAAGAGGAAUUGUGCAAUGGCUAUUAUGCUAGGUCUUACUUGUUUUAGUGGUUAAAGAGCCAGGACAGAUUAUAGAAUAUUAUAUUCAUCAGUCUGCGCUUCAUUGAGCUCACAUGUAAAUACCACAUUUCAUUACUAAAAAAGAGAAUGAUUUCCCCUCUUUAUUCUGACUGUCAAAAGUGUCUUCCAGUGCAGCUGUGCUGUCUGUCCUGCAACCAGCAGAGCCCUCCUUUCAGUCAGAGUCAAAGCCCUGGUUCUAAAUGAUGGAUCAUGUUGUUUGGAAGCAGUGACCUGAACCCUCACUGUACAUCACAAGUUCUUUAUCAUGAUGAAACUCAAAGUGAGUGACCACUGUGUCCUUUCAUUCCUCUCACAGUAUUAUCUGCCUGGCUGCAUAUUUCUGUCCAAACCUAAAGGGAGCCUGACUUUGAACCUCUGUGAGCCUAAACCUCAAAUCCUUUUUAACAAUAGACUGAUAAAAUGUUUCAACCCUGAGCAGUCAAACAGACCCAGAGGGUAGUGGAGGGAAUGACUAUGACUAUGACAUGGUCAUAGAGAAUCUUAAAAAUAUUCAAUGUAUCAAUAUGUGUUGUCAAAGUGGAAACUUAAAGGGAUAGUUUCCAUUUUUUAAGUGGGGUUGUUUGAGGUACCUGUGCAUGGACAGUAUAUUACAUACAGUAGAUGUCAGUUAGCAGGUCUACAGUCUGGCACUGAAGCAAAGCAAUGUCCUGCUGUGGAGGGGUUGGCAACAAAACAUGUUUUAGCCACCUAAAAAAAGUUUAGUGUUUGCUAUUGAGAAUAUUUUUGUCUUUCUGCCAGACAGACUGUUUUGAUGGGAAAACCAUUAACAGCUUUAGUUCUCUGUCUAUGGUAUUUCAUGUGUCCGCUUGACGUCAGGGACAGUCCAGAGAAUGGGUCAAAAGUAGACAGCAGCAUGAACAGAGGUCUGUGAAAACUUUUCAUGGUUUCUUCUCUUGGAAAAACUCUUCCUGAUUCAGUCUCUCUUUCAAACUUGGUGCAGACUAAUUUGUAAAAUGUGUUUGUGCUGCUUGGGAGGAGACAGA